CUCUUGCUUUUUUUACUCUUCCAAUUCCAAAUAUUAUUUUUCUUGCACUUUUUCCUUCAUGACUUCAUGUAGUAUAUAUAAUAAUAAUAAUAAUAUGUAUAACUUUAGUAUGUAUAAAGUCAAAUUCCAACGCCACAACAAUUUCAAAGUAAAACCCCAUCCUGUUAUCGGCAAAAAGGCCGAGUCAAAAUAUUCCUAUAGAGGCCCCGCUCCAAAUCCUCCACCGUCCUCAUCAACCAAAUCCUUGUGUGUUUGUAUAUAUAUGUAUACAACUCGUAUCCCCUUGCUACUUGCUUGAAAGAGAAAAACCAGAUAAAUAUUUGGAUAGAGAGAUAAAUGGAAAUGAAAAAGAACUCCACAACAACAUCAAUGAAGGCCCUGUGGAUUGUGCUGGGUUUAAUGUUACUGAUCGUGACAGCACAGUUUGGUCAAGCUGAUUGCAGAGCCCUUCGCUCGACGACGAUGAAUUCUGGCAAUGCUGGAUGCCAACAGGUUGGUGAUGGUGAAGUGGUGGGAAUGGCAUCCUUUGCAGUUUCUUCUAACAACUCAAGCAGUGAUCGACCUUUGGCAAGGAGUUUGGCUUUUCGAUUGGCUUCUGGACCUAGCAAAAGGGGUCCCGGACACUAGUACUUUUACAACCAUCCUCUCCACCUCAUCAUUAUUGAUUUCGUUCUUGUUUCAGUUUUUUUGCUGCACAAAAGUUGUAACUGAAUUAGGAUUUACUUUUCGGUCUGUCUGUCUGGAUAUUUUACUCCUUCACUCAAAGUUACAUGUACCUGUAGUUUUGUUCGUCUUAAUUAGUUUAUAUAGAAUGACACAAUUAGAAAGAAAUACAAUUUUUAGCUCUUUCAAUAGAGAAAUUUAGAAAUAA